CUCUGCUUCAAAGAUUUGCAAAGAUCUUACGAAAUUGGAUCCUCAGAAUCUUCGCCUUUAUCUGUCUUUUUAAAUACUCUCCUCUCUCUCUCUUUCUUUCUUUUUCCCUGCCCUGCCCCUUCUUUAUUUAAAGCCAAAGCACCACACAUUUUCUUCUUCGUGAACCGCCCACGUUCUUCUUUCUCUUUUUCUAUAUAUAAUUUACACUUCUCCUCAGUGACCAAGAGCUUCGGCAUUUUGCUUCUUCUUCUGCCUAUCUCCUAUUCUUAUGGCGACUGCCGCUGCGGUUUUACCUUCUGGUUCACAGGACUUGCAUGUUCUCGCCGUGGAUGACAGCCAUGUGGAUCGUAAGGUUAUCGAAAAUUUGCUUAAGAUAUCUUCUUGUAAAGUGACGGCUGUGGAGAGUGGGACAAGAGCUUUACAGUAUCUUGGUUUGGAUGGAGAAAAAGGGUCUCUGGGGAUCAAUGAUUUGAAGGUGAAUCUUAUAAUGACUGACUAUUCCAUGCCCGGAAUGACAGGAUAUGAGCUCCUCAAGAAGAUCAAGCAAUCAUCGGCUUUCCGAGAAAUUCCUGUGGUGAUCAUGUCCUCUGAGAACAUCCUCACUCGUGUUGAUAGGUGUUUGGAGGAAGGGGCAGAGGAGUUCCUAGUCAAGCCUGUAAAACUGUCAGAUGUGAAACGGUUGAAAGAUAUCAUAAUGAGAGGAGAAACAGAGGAAAAUGGGGGGAGUAGAGUCAACAAGAGAAAGUUGGAAGAUGAUGGUCAUCCCCCGUUGUCUUCGUCAUCGUUGUCAUCAUCAUCAGCGCCAUCAUCUCCUUCGUCACCACUAUCACCCCCACCUUCGACAUCGACUUCGACUGUAGCCCCAUUUGCUUGUGACCUAGGAACCACAGAACUACCGACAUCACCUCUGCGUUCUUCCAAGAGGUCUAAAUUGUGCAACAGUGACUGAUUCUCCUCUAAUCCUUUUCUUUUUCGGUUUUUUGUGGUAAUUUUUUGUCAAUUGUUGUCUAUAUCCUCAAUAGUUUCCCCAGUGUGGGGUUGUAGGUGAAGAUAACUUUUUUGUAUAUUGCACUUACACUGCCCUAUUUGAUGCUGACAAGAACUAAUUAGGACCAGAAACAGAGAAACGUACAGAGAUAGAAGAAAUACAAAUGAUAUUCCUUUUGUUCUAAGUAGGAAAAGAAACUUCAUCAGAAUCAAUGAAAUCCCAAAUAUUUGAGGCUCAUUAGUUUUCACACCGCUCCAUGAUUAUGAAAAAUGCAAAGUAUUAGAUCAGAUGCAAAUGAUAAUCAGUCCCUUGAUAGCAUUUGUCAACGCAAAGUAAGUGGUGAUACUCCAUGCAUUGGGUGUUUAAAAGAAUUGGACAAUGAAUACCGAGCAAGCCUCAACUCAACUGCCACUUCACCGCAAAAUGCCGACCAAUCUCCUGAAGGGUGUCCAAAAAUCUGCAAACAAGAUUUUAAUGACUCCCUGGAGUA